AUGGAAUCUGCUAAUAUUAAACCCGACGAACGAUUUCAGGAUGGAGGUGACGAUGUCCUCAAUUUGAAAGAAACCAGAGACGCCGUAACCUCGGAGGUAACUAACUACAAGUAUCAAAAUGGUCGAUGCUACAAUAUCCAACCAGAUGGGACCGAGGAUGAGUUUGCGCAGGUAGACAUGGGCCAGCACGUUUAUGGCCUGCUCUACAAAGAAAAGCUCUUUCACUCGCCAACAGAUUCACCCAGUCGUGUCCUUGAUGUUGGGGCUGGGUCCGGGAAAUGGGCCCUGGAUAUGGGAGUGAUGUACCCAGAUGCAACUAUUACUGGCGUUGAUAUCUCCGACAUUCAACCUCCAUGGACCCCUGAAAAUGUGAAAUUUGACAUAACCGAUAUCAAUAAAGAAUGGGAUUUUGGCGAGAAAUUUGAUCUCAUUCUUGUCCAAGGAAUGGCUGGGAUGAUCAAGGACUGGGCCUACCUCUCCGGACAAGCGAUGAAUACUUUGAUCUCAGGCGGGUAUCUCGAAAUUCACGACUUUCUAUUGGAGACCACUAGUGACGACAAGACCCUUUCAGGAGAUUCCAAGCUCAAUCGAUUUAACAGUGAUCUCUUGCAGGGGUUCAAGCGAACCGAGAAAGAAUACUGCGCAUACAUCAGAAUCCAGGAAACGCUGGAACGUGCUGGCUUUCUCGAUAUCCAGCGGAAUAUGUUUUACGUGCCUACCAAUACUUGGCCGAUGGACCAGGAGACCAGUGAACUAGGCGAAUUCCGGAAUUUGCAUUAUAUGGAGGCUAUUCAAGGUGCCAUAGGGUUUCUCACGAAUCUCAUUGGAUAUACCGAGAAAGAUGCAGAGUCUUUCACAGAAUCUGUUCAAGCAGAGGUCAACAAUCGACGGAUUCACACCUACGACGUUGUGCGUGUCUUCACUGCGAAAAAGCCGGAUAACUAUUAG